AUUCAAUACACAUACGACAACUUCCUAGUUGCUAUUCCUAGAUAUAUAUACAUAUUGUAGAGAGAGAGGGAGAGAGAGGUAGUAUUGAUAAUCAGGAGCAAUGGAUCACCAAGAAAUAGAAGCAAGCUUGGAAGAACUCAGAAAAACAUUCAGAAGUGGAAAAACAAGAACUGUUGAGUGGAGAAAAACUCAGCUUAGAGCUCUGAUUCAGUUCUUUAAUGAUAAUGAAGAGAACAUAUUUCAAGCCCUUAAUCAAGACCUGGGAAAGCACCCUGUUGAAUCUUACAGAGACGAGGUUGGAGUGGUACUAAAAUCUGCAAACAAUUCUUUGAGCUGUAUAGAGAAAUGGAUGGCUCCUAAAAAGAGUCAUAUACCAUUGCUUAUGUUCCCUGCAAGUGGACAAGUAAUCCCUGAACCAUUCGGUGUCGUUUUGAUAUUCGGUUCUUGGAAUUUCCCUAUCACAAUGGCAUUGGACCCAUUGAUAGGAGCUAUAUCUGCAGGAAACACAGUGCUCUUGAAACCUUCAGACCUGUCACCAAAAUGUUCUUCUUUUCUUGCUAAUACACUCCCAAAAUACUUGGAUUCCGAAGCUAUUAAGGUCAUUGAAGGUGGAAUAAAUGUUUGUGAACAAAUUCUACAACAAAAGUGGGACAAAAUAUUCUUCACUGGCAGCCAACGUGUGGGGCGAGUCAUAAUGACAGAAGCUGCAAAGCAUUUAACACCUGUUACUCUAGAGUUGGGUGGAAAAUGUCCUCUUGUGUUGGACACUGCCACCGUUUCUUCUGAUAUGAAGAUUGUAGCCAAAAGAAUUGUCGGAGGAAAAUGGGGGCCAUGCAGUGGACAAGCAUGCAUUAGUGUAGAUUAUGUUCUUGUAGAAGAGAAGUUUGCUUCAUAUCUGAUAGACUCACUGAGCAGGAUAAUCAGAAAAUUUUAUGGCGAAAACACGAAAGAAUCAAAAUCCCUUAGCAGAAUUGCGAACAUAAAAGCCUUUGACAGGUUAUCUAGUGUUAUUAAAGAUCCUCUUGUUGCAGCUUCCAUUGUUCAUGGCGGUUCAACUGAUGAAGAAAAACUGUUCAUUGAGCCAACAAUCUUGUUAAAUCCUCCACUUGAUUCAGAGAUCAUGACUGAAGAAAUCUUUGGUCCUUUGCUUCCAAUUAUCACAGUGAAUAACAUUCAAGAAAGCAUUCAAUUCAUAAGCUCUAGACCAAAACCUCUUGUCAUUUAUGCCUUCACAAAGGAUGAAACAUUCAAGAGGCAAAUUUUAACUCAAACAUCUUCAGGAAGUGUGGUUUUCAAUGACACUAUGGUCCAAUUUGUAUGCGAUGAAUUGCCAUUCGGAGGUGUUGGUCAUAGUGGAUUUGGAAGGUACCAUGGGAAAUAUUCUUUUGACACUUUCAGCCAUGAAAAAGCAGUCAUGCAAAGAGGUUUCUUCCCUGAGCUUGAGCCAAGGUAUCCUCCAUGGAAUAAUUUCAAGCUAGAAUUUAUUAAAUUGGCUUACAGUUUUAACUAUCUUGGUUUAUUACUACUACUGCUUGGACUGAAAAAAUAGUUUUUGGAUCAAGCUAUAUAUAUGUAAGGCAUCAAGACAUGAACUUAUUUAUAUGGUUGAAGAAUAAAAGUUAAAAUAAAAUAAUAUGUAGUACUAUACAAGUGAUUGUAUC